UGAGCAGAUCUGUUCUUCCAUUUACUCGAAAAUUGAUUUGUCUGAUACUCUGUAUUGAGCUCUUCUUUCCUCUCUCUGCUCCCUCCCUUCGAGGGUUUUUAUUUUCUUUCUUUUAUUUUUUUCUCCUCUUCCCUACUUGUUUUCGUUUGUUUUUUCGUUUGUUUUCUUUUUCUUUUUCUUUUUUCCUUGUUUUUUCUUCGUUCUGAAGCCCCCCAAUUCAAGAUCUUCGUCUCCUUCAUCUCAAUCUCACUCUUCGUGAAAGAUGCAGUAUCAGAGGCUUAGACAGCAGGCAAUGAUGCAGCAGUCUCUGUAUCCCCACCCCGGUCUCCUGGCCGCUCCUCAGAUAGAGCCUAUCUUGAGUGGAAACCUGCCUCCUGGCUUUGAUUCAAGUACAUGCCGCAGUGUAUAUAGAGUUCCUCAUUGGGUUUGGCAUUUGUUGAUUGAUCUCCAUGACACUUCACAUCAUGAUCAUUGUUUGCUAAAACUGAUACCAUUCUGGUAUGUUGGAAACAUUCAUCCUCAAGUCACCGAGCCUCUUCUUCAAGAAGUUUUCUCAAGUAUUGGACCCAUUGAAGGAUGUAAGCUCAUUAGGAAGGAGAAGUCAUCCUAUGGUUUUGUGGACUACUUUGAUCGCAGAUCGGCUGCAGUUGCUAUUAUUUCUCUCAAUGGAAGAAACCUGUUUGGACAACCUAUAAAAGUUAAUUGGGCAUAUGCAAGUAGUCAGAGAGAGGACACAUCUGGUCAUUUUAAUAUAUUUGUUGGUGAUCUUAGCCCUGAGGUUACUGAUGCUACGUUGUUUGCAUGCUUUUCUGUUUACCCCAGUUGUUCGGAUGCAAGGGUUAUGUGGGAUCAGAAAACUGGACGGUCGAGGGGUUAUGGGUUUGUUGCCUUUCGGAAUGAGCAGGAUGCUCAAAGUGCAAUUAAUGACAUAAAUGGAAAGUGGCUUGGGAGUCGACAGAUUAGGUGUAAUUGGGCCACGAAAGGUGCUAAUUCUGGUGAUGACAAACAGAGUUCAGAUUCCAGAAGUGUUGUAGAGCUUACGACUGGAACUUCAGAAGGUGGUCAAGAGAAAUCCAAUGAGGAGGCACCUGAGAACAAUCCUCAAUACACAACCGUAUAUGUGGGAAAUCUUGCUCCCGAGGUUACUUCAGUUGAUCUCCACCGUUAUUUUCAUGCCCUUGGUGCCGGGACAAUUGAAGAUGUUAGAGUACAACGGGAUAAAGGUUUUGGUUUUGUGAGAUACAGCACUCAUGCUGAAGCAGCUCUAGCCAUUCAAAUGGGCAAUGCUCGAGUUCUCUGUGGCAAACCAAUUAAGUGCUCAUGGGGCAGCAAGCCAACCCCGCCAGGGACUAAUUCUACCCCUCUUCCACCACCAAAUGUGGGACACAUGCCAGGUCUCUCUGCGGCUGACCUUGCUGCCUAUGAACGGCAAAUGACAUUGAGCAAAAUGGGUGCGGCACAAGCGCUAAUGCAUCCACAGGCGGCUCAACAUGCCCUCAAGCAGGCAGCCAUGGGAAUGGGGAUGGGAAUUGGGAUGGGUGGUGCUGGCACUAGUCAAACUAUAUAUGAUGGUGGGUUCCAAAAUAUUGCAACCACCCAACAGCUCAUGUACUACUAGGUAUUUGGAUUGCUGUAUGAUGCUUGUAGUUCAUUGUCGAACUAAAGAAAUAGUGUUGCGUCUUUUGGGAUUAUGACCCAAGAACUAUCUUAAAUUGCUGCGUUUGGCAAUGUAGUGGUAGGCUGGUAGGGGGGGAUAUUGCAGAGUGAUUUUAAUUUGUUUACUUUUAAUGGUUGUUCUAGUUUGUAAUAUCUUGCUAGAGAAAAUACGGUGGCACAUCUGGAAAUAAGUUCCAAUCCUCGAAUCUUGAUAGCCCUCUAAAUUACUUCAUUACAGUUUCCUUUUUCAAAGGUUUA